GACAUGUACCCUUCCUCACCAGCUUCGUCGCUCCCAGCCUCUCUCUCCUCCUCGUAGCUUUCCCUUUUGCAUGUGCAUCGAUUGUGUCUGAGCAUGUGCGCGUGCAUCUGCAUGUGAGUCAGCUGCAUCCUCAGCACCUGGGUCAUUACUUCCAGCCUCCGCACGGGAAGCUUCACUAACGCUCUCUGCAGAAAUACCCUGGUGGUUCCCAGGUUUGUCAGGACUCCAACACAGAAUAUCUGUGGGUGUGUAAGAGAGGAGAGGGAGGCCAAUAUGGGUUCCAGCUCUUCCUCCUAUGCCCCCAAAACUAUUUACCUGGAUGUGGAUGGAAAGGUGCAGAAGGUGGUGUUCAGCCAGCAUUGCAGCCCAUGUGACAUCAAGGAACUUCUGUGUUCAUCAUCUAACAUUCCCAGGAACACUGCCAUUAUGAUGGUGGAUCCAGAGGGUGCCUUGGUCUCCAUCGAUCCAACCAUGCCUACCAACUCUCCAAACUCUUUGUACAAAGUUGUUCCACUGUCUACUCCUCAGCUCGGAGAGAAGGAGGACAUGUUUCAGAACGUGCUGUCCCAAGUCGCUGAGCAGUUCAGCAGAGCCUUUCGCAUCAAUGAGUUAAAGACUGAGGUCACCAACAGGAUAGCCAUGUUGGAAAAGAGGGUAGAGUUGGAGGGCUUGAAAGUAGUGGAGAUUGAGAAGUGUAAAAAUGAACUGAAGAAGCUUCGAGACGAAAUGACUUCAAGAGGUGGUGGCAGGGUAAAUUGUCCAUGUAAGUACAACUUCUCUGAUGAUGGGAAGAAGGUCACUCCAAGACGAGAUGUCCCCAGUUACCCAAAGUACACGCUCUCUCAGGAGACUAUUGAGGCGCUGAAGAAGCCAACGUUCGAUGUAUGGCACUGGGAACACAACGAGAUGCUGAGCUGUUUGGAGUACAUGUACCAUGACUUGGGACUGGUGAAGGAAUUCAACAUGAACCCCAUCACCCUGAAACGCUGGCUGCUGGCAGUUCAGGAGAACUACCGUAACAACCCUUUCCACAACUUUCGUCACUGCUUCUGUGUUAGUCAGAUGAUGUAUGGCAUGAUUCAUCUCUGCAAUCUGCAGGAGAAGCUGACGCUCACAGAUAUGGGCAUUUUAAUGACAGCUGCAGUGUGUCACGACCUGGACCACCCGGGCUACAACAACACGUACCAAAUCAAUGCACGCACAGAGCUGGCAGUGCGCUACAACGACAUCUCUCCGCUGGAGAACCAUCACUGUGCCGUGGCUUUCCAGAUCCUCUCUCUUCCCGAGUGCAAUAUCUUUGCGAAUGUAGAUCCCGAAGCAUUCAAACAGAUCCGAAAGGCAAUUAUCGCCCUCAUUCUGGCCACCGAUAUGGCUAGACACGGAGAGAUACUAGAGGCUUUUAAGCAAAAAGUGGACAACUUUGACUUCACCAAUGAAGAGCAUGUGACAUGCCUGAAGAUGCUUUUGAUCAAGUGCUGUGAUAUUUCCAAUGAGGUGAGGCCAACUGAGGUUGCUGAACCGUGGGUGGACUGUCUACUUGAGGAGUACUUUAUGCAGAGUGACAGGGAGAAAUCUGAGGGUCUCCCCGUCGCUCCCUUCAUGGACAGGGAUAAAGUUACCAAACCCACAGCUCAAAUUGGAUUCAUCAAGUUUGUCCUUAUUCCAAUGUUUGAGACUGUCAUGAAGCUUUUCCCUCAGAUUGAAGAACUAAUGGUUCAGCCUUUGAGAGACUCUCGUGACCACUAUGAGGAACUGAAGCAGAUUGAUGAUGCUAUGACAGAGGUAAAAACCUAUUCUAUCCCUACUCUUAUCUAUCUAGCUCUUUCUCUGACCUGACAUUAAUGUAGCAGCUAGCUAAUGUGGCUAUUUUGUGUGUUUAUCACGAUAGUGAAUGGAAUCAACAGUUUAUAACAGUGGGGACAAUGAAAGUUGUGGUUUGGGAAAGUAAUCUAAUUUUCUUUCUAGUUUAAAGUUAGAUAGGUAAUUAAAUUUUCUUCUUUUCAGUAAAUUUAUUACAGCUAGCAUACAGACACAGCUAGCUUGCCUCUGUUAGCUCGUUGCACCUGCCUACCUGAAAGCUCACCUUAUACUUUAGAAAACCUUAUAUGGUUUAUUAUUUUUGAAACCAUACAAAACAAUGCCAUACUACACUCAGUGGCCACUUUAUUAGGUAUACUCUGCUAGUACCAGGUUGAGCCUCCUUUUGCCUGUAGAACUGCCUUACGUUCAACAAGGUACUGGAAACAAUUCUUAUAACAUCUUAUGACAUUUCUUUUUUUCAUGUGCAUAUUCAUGACACACUUCUCAAAUACUCAGGCUGGUCUGACACCAACAACAGUGACACAUUCAAAUUCACAUAAAUCAUCGUUGUUACUUAUUGUGAUGGUUGGUUUAAACUUCAGAAUGUAAUUUUCACUGCAUCUACAUGCCUAAAUGUAUUGUGUUACAGCCCUCUGAUUGGCAGAUUAGAUAUUUGUGGUAAUGAGCAGUUGAACAGGUGUACCCACCAAAGUAGCCAGUGUGUGUAUUUCUUCAUUUCAGCCCUUACAGGCAAGUCAAAUCAAAUAAUUUUUGUCUAUAUUGUCUAUUGUCUGCAGCAGUAUUUAGCCUUUGCAUUAGUAUCUACAUGUAGACUGUUGAAGAAAUCAACAGAGAAGUUGCUGAGUCUUGUAUUGAUAUCAUUUUUUUAUAAGCAAAACUUCAUAUUGUGAGUGCAGCGUGAUGCAGCGUGCAAGACUGGGAACAAUACCAGUUGAGCAUGUACUUGUCAAGCAAUUAAAAUUAACUAAUGUUGCCAUAACAAAUUAGAGCUGGGGAAAUUGGUAGGAAUAUCAAAAUAUGAGAUAUUCCUCUCGCACGAAAAAAAUGAAAACUGGUAAACAAAUUCAUGUUGACGUCCACAGUGCCAUUUAAGCUUUCCAUGGGAAUUACCGAUCACUGCCAGUUUUCAGUUAUGCAAUGUGUUUCACACGGCUGUUGCCUCAGUUACACACACACACACAUGCACACACACACAAAUGCCUGCAGUAAGCCUACAUUCAUACACACACUAAAGAACUAAAUGCUAACAUAAAGGUGUGUCUUUUGUUCAAUGAGGCACAGAAGAAAAAAACUGAAAAUAUGUCAUUAGGCGGGAAGAAGAAGUAAGCUCUGCAGUGAGUGAGUACAGUGGUGUGUGUGUGAGUAACCGAGUCCUUGAUUGUGCUUUAGUUCAGUGUUAGUUUCAUGAGUGCUCUCUGUCUCUGCCUCUCUCCACAACUUGUCUGUAAACUGAACUCGAUCUGUAAAAGGUGACCUUUAGAAAUGUGCAACAUUUUCAUCACUUUGGAUUCAGCAAGCACUUGAUGUGUGAAAAAGUGUGAAGCUCUUGGCUGAACAGUAUUAGAACAGAUUACAAUUUAUUUUUAAACUGAGCAGGAAGAAAAAAAUUUAAAAUUAAUAAAAUAGUCCCUUUAAAUUUAAGGCUUGCAUAUAAAUAUAUUUUUCCAUGGCUCAGAUGAUGAAACUAAACUGUUGAAAUUGUUGCUCAUCUAUUUGUUUCUUUCACAGUGACAACAAAGAACAGUUUCUGUUCAUGAGCUGAAACUUUAAACUGCUUUUUCUUCAUCUCACAUUGAGCUUUUUCACAGAAAAAGAACAAAGACUCUGAGUAAGUUUUGACUUUCCACAAAGGGAAGUCAAUUUCUCACUCAAAGCUCUAAGACAACUUCUAUCCGACUGACUUUUUCUGUGGUGGGUGAUUGCUAUCCAGAAUGAGUUACUAACGAGUUCUUGUUAAAAUCUAGUUUUUAUUUUGGCCCUUUAGGUCCAUCUGCCUCUCUCUACCUAAUUACAGCCAUUAUUUCAUUCCAGGGAUCAUCUUUUAUGAUCACAUUCAGGACAGACUUAAAAAAGUGUGAGUGAGGCUCCAGUGAAGACAUCCAGCACUAUGUUCCAAAGAUGACAGAUCUGCUUCGUUACACUGCUUCGUUACACUCUGGACUAAAAUUAGGCAUCAAGGUGGCAUAUCUUGAACUUUGACUUCUGCACUGGAGGUUAAAGAGCGGGACCUGCUGAUGUUUUUGUAUAUUUAUAGACUUUAUAAUGCUGGCCCUAGUCAUUUUCAUAGUGUCGAUCAUUUUGAACGUACAAUUUCUCCAAAGGCAAGCUUAAAGCAUUAUUUUAAGAUUCAUUUUGAAGUAGUUUACCAAUAUUUUUUUUCACCAAAAUAAAAAUGUUUUCUUUUUUCACUAAAUUCUGGAGUAGGAAAAAUAAAAAGCACCAAAGUGAAAUUUUCUGUGUUUUCCUAACAAUUUUAAUCAAAUAAAUUCAUAUAGGGGUAUGAAGUGUCCAGUGUUUUUCCUAAUUGUUUACAUAUAUAGCACCAAAUCACAACAACAACAACAGCAAUGCGCUUUUGCAUUGUAAGUUAAAAGUCCUUCAAUGAUACAGAGAAAAUCCCAACAAUCAGAUGACCUCCUAGGAGCAAAUAUUUUAUGAUAGUGGGAAGGAAAAACUCAAACUCCCUUUUAACAGUAAGAAACCUGAUCCAGGAAGAAUCAGGGUCAGGGAGGGGCGACAACUGCUUUAAUAAGUGUGGGAAGGAAGACAAGAUAAGACACACUGUGGAAGAGACCAAGAGAUUAAUAAUAACUAAUGAUUAAUUACAGAGUAAAUGUAUAAACACAAAGUGAGUGAAAAAGAAACAGUGCAUCAUGGGAAACCUCCAGCAACCUAACUUCUGCGGUGUAACUAAGAGAGGAUUCAGGGUCACCUGAUCCAGCUCUAACAUAUGUUUUAUCAAAACAGACAUUUUCAAACUGAUCUUGAAAGUAGUUAACGUGGUGCUUUGGGUGUCUGCUUCUCAAAUCCAAACUGGAAGCUGGUUCCACAGAAGACAGGCCUGAAAGCUGAAGGCUCGGCCCUUUUACUUUUAGAUGGCAAAAAAAAGCAGUCUACUAACUUUAUGUAGAUUUGUUAGAGAAAAGUUAAAGAAAAUAAACCAAAUGAGCCUGGUAAGGGCUGUAAAAGUGAUCAUGAGUCGGAUUUUGGUAUGCAAGAUGUAAAAAUAUCUGCUAUAAUACAGUUUUUAUUUAUCUAUUUAUUUGCAACAUUACUGCACAUUAAAUACACCUCAUGCACAAGGACAGUAACAUACUGAAUUAAGUUCAUAUUUCAAUAACUAUGGUCAGGAAUGCAAAUCCAAACUUUCUCACAAAGUCAGCUAAUGAAUAACAUGACAUGAUGACAUUUUUCCUAACUUCUAAGUCUGCUUAGUUUUUAAAUAUUCUCAAAUUAAAGCACAUUAAAGAAGUUAUACAUAGUUAUAAAUCAAAGGCUUCUGCGACACCUAUCCCUGAAUUAUUCCUGUUGUUUCAUGAAGCUCUGUGCAGAUAUUUAAGUUGUCCUCUCUGCCCAUCAUCCAGAUUGAGUGAUAUUUUAUUGCCACAUUUUAGACUCUAAAAUACAGUCGAUGUGUGUUGAAAUAUGACUAAUUGUGGAGUUGUGUACGACCCAAAGGUGCCAAUUAUCUCAGCCCAAUUCACGCCCUCUCGCUCCACAGUUUCCCUUCGAGCCUACUUUUUUUAAAAACUUUUUUUAGGGUACUAUGUUGCCAGUCACUUGAUUUUAGGCCUCAUCUGCAAGCUUCAUUUGACACAUACUGAAUACCACCUACAUAGCUUUGAUGAAAUCACAUAAAUAAUACAGAGCAACUCACAGCAUCACUCACCAAAGAAAUUAUUCAUGCUGCAUGUUUUUUAGGUUUGUUUGUGCUGUUUAUAAGAAACGUCAGGCUACCAGUGUAUACCUGAACUCAAUCAAUGUCCAUUCAGCAAUUUACUGACAAAUAAUUGGCGAGUACUUUUUGGAUUCAUCUAAUCUUUCGUGUGCACUCCAAAGGAGCUGAUUAUCUCAAACAGUAGAACAGAUGUAAGUGUUGCUGCUGGGAUGAGAGAAAGCAGGUAAAUGACUUGGGGAUGUGUCUCAUUUCAAUGGAUGUAAUUGCCCCUCUACAUUCUCCAUGUAGCGUGACAGAGUGUAUUGACAUUAACCUGCAGGAAUGCUCAGAUCAUGAAAGGAUUGUGCACUGCACUCUCCUGCGUUGCCUCUGAUUGAACCACUGCAAGC